AUGAUUUGCUGUUAUGAGCACGAAGAAGUGUUCUAUUUUGCAAAGGUUUUGGAGAUAUUGAUGGAUAUCAGACAAUUUGGUUCAGCGCCUAAAUGGGGAUCGAAUCGUUUCCUACGAUCACUGUACUGGGCUUGUCGAGGAUUCCAAUACUGGUUAUGCUUCUAUGAUGACGAUAUCGAGGUGGAUGUGGAGGAUCUUCUGUCCAAUCCGUUCAUCACACAGCCACCGUCACUCGAGCAAUUGCAGGCUGUGACUGGCUUCCAGAAGGAAUGGAUCAUGUUCAUUUAUCGAAAUUUCAAACAGAGAUGUUCAAAUGGCCGUAUGAGUCAAACUCAAUGGCGUCGAAUAUUCCGAAUUAUCUUUCCGAACGCUUCCGAUAACGAGUUUGUCGAUCGUUUAUUCGCUGCAGUCGCUAGCGACAACGUGCGCAGUGAUCUCCCGGCUGACACACCGUCAUCGAGCAGUGCAUCAUACUCGUUGAAUACGGUCGAGUUUGUGUUCCGCCUGAUGAAACCUGAUCAUAAUGGUGCGGUCAGUCUACAAGCAUUCACCGAAUACGUACAAUGUGUUUUCAAUCUGAACUCAACUACCUCAUCAAAUGUUAGCAAUGCGCAUGCAAUUAGUCAAAUGCAUACCUCGUCACAACAACUCAGUCCAAGCGACGAAACACGUUCGAAAAUAUCGCCUGGAAUUCGCAAUUAUGCCUUGCAACAAUUUAAGAUGGUGACGGUUUCAUANCUCUGUGAUAUAGAACGAGCACUAAUGAAUACGGGUUGUGAUCUUCUUCGACUAACCACCACUUCGCAUUUACCUGGAUGA